ACUUUUUUUGUAAUGGCUCAAUUAAAGAUUUUCCAAUUAUUUUACAAUUAUUUAAGAAUGAUUAUCCCAAAACUUGAUGAAUCCUAACUCAAGUAAUAAACUAUCAUCUGGAAGACUGGAAUGCAUAGCUAGCAAGGAGUGACUGAUCAAAGUUUAUUAAAAUCAAAUUUAUUAAAAAAAAGAGUGAUAUCAAUAUAUUAAAGAAAGAGAGAAAACCCACUAUGUCAAUUACGUAUAUUCUGUGAACCUUUGUAGGAUAUUUUGCUUUGAGACAAUUACCACUUCAAUUUAUGUCAUUUUAAAUAUUGUAGUGAAAUGAUAGGUAUGGUAUUUAGUACGUACUAGACAAUGAGUGCAAAUGAGAUGGAGUUAGUAGCAUUUGAGGAAACUAGUAACAUGGCUGGUUCUGCAGCAUCAGAUUCUGAUGACAGCAUGUCUAGUUCAGAUGUUGAAGAGGAAGAUGAAAAAAUCCUUGAAAAAAUCAAGAAUCUCCGUCAGCAACUUGUGUCUUGGCCACGCUUUUAUGAUGGCCAUAUUGAGCUCAUAAACUCCUUAAGAAAGUCGGGGGAGCUGCUGGAGGCUCGGCAGGCAAGGGAGGCCAUGAACAAAUAUUUUCCGUUGACACCAGAACUAUGGCUUGAUUACAUUCAUGAUGAAAAAGCCGUCUGCACCACUGCUGACGAGAGGAACUUUGUGAUAUCACUUCUGGACAGAGCAACUAAAGAGUAUGCUAGUGUGCAGGUGUGGACAGAGUACGUGCUGUUCAGCAUUGGUGGUGGGGACAUAGACGCCACGCGGGACGUGUACGAGAGAGCGCUGGCGGCGGUCGGGACGCACGUCAGGGACGGCGAGCUGCUGUGGCAGAGCAUCACUUGUAUUGAGGAACAGGUGUAUGCCGGCUUGACAGCAGAUGCCCAGGAGGGAGAUGCCCCGACGCCCCAGCAGACGCGACAAGCCCAACGUCUGCGUGAGCUCUACCGCCGCAGGUUUCGCGUGCCGCUACUGAACAUGGACCGGGAGGCGCUGCUGGAGGGCGCCGGGCGCUGGGGCGGCGCCCCUGACCCCCACAUGGAGGCACAACUGCAGAGGACCCUGGACAAGCUCAGCAUCCUGGAACCUUUUGAGGAAGAACUCCUACGCACAGAAGAGGACGCCGUGGCCAACAUGGCGGCGUAUGAGGCGUACAUGGCGCACGCCAAGGCUAAGGAGGAUCCUGCCUUCGUCCAGAACCUGUACGAGCGCGCCGUACUGCGCCACCCGCUCAACGACGGGCUGUGGCUGCAGUACGUCCAGUGGUGCAGUGCAGUGUUCAGGGAUCAGACAGAGCUCAUACUGCCAGUGUCAGAGCGCAGUGUCCGCAACUGCCCCUGGUCAGGCGCCCUCUGCAGCCUACACGUCGAGCUGCUGCAACUGCAGCACCCCAUCCUUACCCUCCAGCCUAAAAUUAAAGAUGUGGUGGAAUGGUGCCUGGGGGCGCUGGUCGGGGUGGAGGCGGACGCCCUGGUGCUGCACGCGAGUCAGAUGUGGCUGAGCUACGUCUUAUUCCUGGCCCAGCUCCUCCGUCAGCAGCUGCAGCGUCAGACACAAGCGUCUGGCAGGACGACCUGUCCUCCUGACGGCAACAUCUGUCAGUCCAACGGCCAGAAUAUCGACCACGAAAAACUUAGCGACACUGAACAGGAUACUCUGCACGGUCAGGAUAACGGCCCUGAAGCUGGGGCUGCUCUUAACAGCGCUGCGGGUGACGAGGCUAUAGGGACUCCUGAAGAGAGUGUCGACCGCCACAUGCAGCGCCUGAGGGAGGCCUGCCGCCGCGCCCUGCAGAUGUUGCGUGAGAAUGCCAGCCCUGGGGUGGACCGGGGGGACGUGGCACUGUGCCGCGUGUGGGCGGCGUGCGAGGUCCUCGUCGGGGACCUAGACGCGGCGCGCGCCGUUUGGAACGAUCUAAUGGCGCAGGCGCCUUACACUGGGCGCUGCGACCUCUGGCUGCAGUUCGUCGAGAUGGAGAGGCGUCACGGUAGCAGCAAGCACGCGCGCAAGCUGCUACGCCGCGCCUUGGAGCGCGUGUGGGACGGCGUCGAGGUCGUGGGGGCAGCCUUCGAAGCCUUCGAGCAUACCGAGGGAGAUGUGCUCACCUUACGCGACUUCCGACGUCGCUACGAUGCCAGAAUGGCUGUCGUGAACAAGCGGCGGGAGGAGCAGCAGGCGAAGGAGUCGGCCGCCACUGUGGCGACCAAAGCUGGCAAGAAGAACAAACAACGCAACAAACACCAGGCCCCGCGCUGCCAGGAGGACGCUAGCCAGCCAGCAGCCCAGCCUCAACACGCCCCCACCAACAGCAUCACUUCGCCACAGCGCCACAGCAGCACCGCUUCUCCUAAGCGCCAGAAGCUUGGCCAACAAACCAAGCCUGGAUCAGCACCAACAACGAACGUGGGUCACCCCCCAGCCGCCACCAAACGCCCUCUCAGUACCGGCGAAAUGCAGGAGCCCCAACCUCCCGCCAAGAAAAUAAGAGCUGCGCAAGAAGAGGAAGACGAUCGUGUGGAUGAGAAGGUGGCGGUUGGCAAGGAAGCCUUCACGGUCUUCGUAAGCAACCUGGACUUCAGCACGCGCAUCGAUGAUGUGAAGGACGCACUCAAGGACUGCGGCACAGUGAGUCACGCCAGGCUCGUCAAGGACUUCAAGGGGCGGUCUAAAGGCUUCGGCUUCGUCGUCUUCGAGACGAUCAGCGGUCUGACUAAAGCCUUGCACAAAGACCGAACUCGGGUCCGUGGCCGCCCGAUGUUCGUGUCGAGCUACGACCCCGACAAGCAGGGCCACGUCUUCAGGUAUGCGACUGGCGAGGAGAAAGAUAAACUUUUUGUACGCGGUCUUCCUUACUCGAUGAACGAGGAGGAGGUGAAGGCAGCGUUCGAGGCUCACGCCCCUGUCAAGGAGAUACGCUUGGUGACGCACCGCAACGGCUACUCCAAAGGGACUUGUUUUAUUCGUUUCGAGGACGCGGCGACGGCGGAACGCGUGCGUGUCGCCAUGGACCAAACACAGCUCAGGAACUUCACUAUCACGGUGCUUGUGAGCAACCCGUCUGCUGCCAAGCAGUCACGCCAGCGGGGGCCGCCAGCUGGGGCGUCUGGACCCUCAGCUGGUACGUCUGGACCCUCAGCUGGGGCGUCUGGACCCGCAGCUGGUACGUCUGGACCCGCAGCUGGGCACGCUUCCUCAGCUGAUGGAGACGAGAGGAAGCCCGAUCCAGUCGCAGCUCCAACCACGCGCCGCCCCACGCUGGUCUUCAAGCCGCGCUCUAUCACCAAGUCUAAGCCCCCGGCACCGCCCCCCACAGAUGCCGCUACAUUAAAUAGCACCAAUGACCUCUCUGUUAAUAGCAAUACUACCAAUAGCAAUCCUGACGAUAGCAAUCCUGUAAAUGCACAAAGUGCUAAUUUCAAAUCGAAUGACGAUUUCCGAAAAUUGUUUUCAAAGUAAACGAAACUUUUUUUU